ACGUGAUUAAGUCAGAAUGGCGGAGCUGUUUGGCUGAAUGAUUUUUUUUUUUUUUUUUUACAGCACCGACGGGUCCUAAAACCCUUGCUGCUCUGUGGAUGCUCCUGGAGACUGGCAGAGAACCAGCCAUUUGCGCCCAAGGGUGCUCAAUUCAGCGUGACUGUUUUGUGGAAGGAAUCCUGCCACAACACACCACUGAGGUCUCCACCUGUGGCUCUGUGUGAUGAAGUCUUAAGAAACAACUAUUCUCUGUCCCUCCUUCUUGGCCUGGCAUCUCCACCUGGCAGCACCGACCUGGCUGCAUAGCACAUGGUGGUCACUACAACCACCCCGGAGGUGCACACACUCACCACUCACCUCUCCUCCCCUGUCAUGUCUGCCUGUUAACAACAACCAUAACAAUGAGCUCCCACAGUCGAUCAGGUGGCUUGACCAGCAACGAGCAGCCUCUGGAACUUCUUAAACCAACUGCACUCAAUCAUUUUGUGGACGUGAGCACAGCAGCGCUGCCCAUGCAGGUGCCCCCCACCGCCACAGCCAUUCUUCCCAUGGACCUGCGCGUAGUGGACCACCCCCACCACCACCACCACCAGCAGCCCACCUUCGGCCUGGUUCCCCAACCCCACCCUACACCGCCCACCUCCACAGCUUGUCCCGCGUCCUCCGAGCCAGGCCGUGGGACAGUCAUUAACCACCAGGAGCAGCAGCUGCAGCAGGAGCUGGUAGCUCUCAAACACAAGCAGCAGCUCCAGAGACAGCUACUGAUCGCUGAGUUCCAGAGGCAGCAUGAACAGCUGUCGCGACAACAUGAAGUCCAGCUGCAGGAACAUAUCAAGUGUUCUUGUCUUCCUCUCUGCCAGCACCAACAGGAUUUACUGGCACUCAAGCACCAACAGGAGCUGUUGGAGCACCAAAGGAAGAUGGAGCACCAGCGUCACGAGCAGGAGAUGGAGAAGCAGCAGCGGGAGUACAAACUCCAACAGCUCAAAAACAAGGACAGGGGUCAGGAGAGUGCAGUCGCCAGUACAGAGGUUAAGAUGCGACUUCAGGAGUUUGUCCUGAACAAGAAGAAAGCCCUGGCUCAGCGAAACCUAAACCACUGUCUGCCCAGCGACCCACGCUUUUGGUAUGGAAAAACCCAGCACAGCUCUUUGGACCAGAGCUCUCCUCCCCAGACAGCAUUGUCAGCGUACAACCACCCGAUGCUGGGCACAUACGACUCAAAAGAUGACUUCCCUCUCCGCAAAACAGCGUCUGAGCCCAACCUAAAGCUUCGUUCCCGGCUAAAGCAGAAGGUGACCGAGCGCCGCAGUAGCCCUCUGCUCCGGAGGAAAGAUGGCCCCAUCACUACUGCCAAGAAGCGCUCCCUAGACGUGGCUGAGUCUGCAUGCAACAGUGCACCAGGCUCAGGUCCCAGCUCCCCUAACAACAGCUCCAGUAACAUCCCCAGUGAGAACGGUGUCACCAUCUCCAGCAGCCCAGGAGAGGCCUCCCUGCUUCAGAGGUUGGCUGCAAGGGAAGGUUCAGUUAGCCAGCUCUCUCUCUACACCUCCCCUUCUCUGCCCAACAUCACCCUGGGACUGCCAGCUACAGGCCCUGCUAGCACUUUGGUAUCGGGACACCAAGAUGGUGAGAGUCGUCUGGCAUUGCCUGCGCUACAGCAGGGCAUUCCUCUGACCCCUCCAUUCCUGCCCACUGCCCACCUGCCCUCCUACUUGGCAUCUUCAGCUCUGGACAGGGAGGGAGCUGGAGGGGGUACGGCUGGUCACAACCCCCUCCUCCAACACAUGGUGCUGCUGGAGCAGGGCCACAAUCCAAUGGUGGGUCUGGCUGGCCUCCCAAUACCAUCACCCUCGGUCUCCAAACUUGCACGGGGCCACCGUCCCCUUGGAAGAACCCAGUCAGCCCCUCUGCCCCAGCAGCAAUGUGGCCAGGCCCAGGCCCUGCAGCAACUGGUGGUCCAGCAGCAGCACCAGCAGUUCUUGGAGAAACACAAACAACAGUUCCAACAGCAGCAGCAGCAGCACAUCAUCAACAAGAUCAUGUCCAAGCCCAGUGAUCAGGUCUCGAGUGCAAGCUCCAGCGCCUCAGGGCCAGUCAGGCAGCACCAAAGUCACCCCGAGGAAACAGAAGAGGAACUCAGGGAGCACCAAGGGCUCUCCUCCUCCUCCUCGUCCUCCUCCUCUACGUCUGUGCAGGAGACGGGGCCUCUGCGAGGGCUGGUCAUCAAGCAGGAGCCCCCAGACCCCCAAGAGCAGGAGGAGAGGGAGCAGAGAGAGAGACAAGCCGAGAAGGACUUCCUGUUCCGGCAGCAGCAGGCUCUGCUGCUAGAGCAGCAGCGGAUCCACCAGUUAAGGAACUACCAAGCCUCUCUGGAAGCAGCCGGGUUAUCAGUCAGCUUUGCCGGGCACCGCCCCCUCUCCAGGGCUCAGUCCUCUCCAGCCUCCGCCUCCUUCCCCAUGGUAGUACAGGAGCCGGCUGCCAAACCUCGAUUUACAACAGGUCUGGUGUAUGACUCUUUGAUGCAGAAGCACCAGUGUAUGUGUGGGAACACAACCAGUCAUCCAGAGCACGCUGGCCGCAUCCAGAGUAUCUGGUCCCGAUUACAAGAAACAGGCCUCAGGGCGCACUGCGAGUGUAUCCGAGGUAGGAAGGCCUCACUGGAGGAGUUACAGACGGUCCACUCUGAAGCCCAUGUCCUGCUGUACGGAACCAACCCACUGCGGCAGAAACUAGACUGUUCAGUGAGUCCCAUAUUUGUGAGGUUACCAUGUGGAGGCAUGGGGGUGGACAGCGACACCAUUUGGAACGAGGUCCAUUCGUCCAGUGCGGCUCGUCUAGCCGUCGGCUCCGUUGUGGAGCUUGUCUUCAAAGUAGCAUCGGCAGAACUGAAGAAUGGUUUUGCUGUAGUUCGACCACCUGGACACCACGCUGAGGAGAGUACGCCUAUGGGGUUCUGUUACUUCAACUCAGUCGCCAUAGCAGCCAAGCUUCUGCAGCAGAGGCUCAAUGUCAGUAAAAUCCUCAUUGUGGACUGGGAUGUUCACCAUGGAAAUGGUACCCAGCAGGCCUUCUACACAGACCCCAGUGUUCUCUACCUGUCACUGCAUCGCUACGAUGAUGGGAACUUCUUCCCUGGCAGUGGAGCACCUGACGAGGUGGGCAGUGGAGCAGGUGUAGGCUUCAAUGUGAAUAUGGCCUUUACUGGAGGAAUAGAACCUCCCAUGGGUGAUGCAGAGUACCUGGCUGCAUUUAGGACGGUGGUUAUGCCUAUUGCCAACGAGUUUUCCCCAGACGUGGUUCUGGUAUCUUCAGGCUUUGAUGCGGUAGACGGACAUGCUUCACCCCUUGGAGGAUAUAAACUGACAGCCAAAUGCUUUGGCUACCUGACCAGGCAGCUGAUGGGUCUGGCAGGCGGUCGAGUGGUGCUUGCCCUGGAGGGGGGUCAUGACCUCACAGCCAUAUGUGAUGCCUCUGAAGCCUGCGUCUCCGCUCUGCUAGGCAAUGAGUUGGACCCCAUUCCUGACGAGGUGCUGCAGCAGAAACCGAAUGCCAAUGCUGUCCACUCUAUGGAGAAAGUUCUCGAAGCUCACAGUAAAUACUGGCGCUCGCUGCAACGCUCCGCCUCCACACUCGGUUGCUCGUUGAGCGAAGCCCUUCAGCGUGACGCAGAGGAAGCUGAGACUGUCUCCGCUAUGGCCUCACUGUCUGUCGCCAACAAGCACAUUGGAAAGAGGGCUGAAGAGGAACCAAUGGAAGAGGAAGCUCCUAUGUAAAGAAACAUCCCCUUUGACCACUGAGACCAGUCUUCAUCUUUGACAGUGUCCUCAUCCAGUCCGUGUCAAUUUAAAUGCCACUCCUAUGUCUCACCCCUGCCAUGUCAAGAAGGCAUGUUAUUAUGGGAGAGAACAAGCAGAGCUGAGUAAAGUGGUGCUCAAAGGAAACGGAAAACUGAAGAUGAGCGAUGCAUUCACUGAUCAGCAUUGCACAGACUGAUCAGCAUAAAUGUGUUGCAUUGUCUCUUCAAGACCUUGGAUAUAAGAGGAUUGACUCAACCCAUCCCACAAUGACAACCUCGAGUGCCAGUGCUUUUAAAACACUAGACGAGAUGUACUUUUUGAAUGCCAGUCGGAACCAUUCACAGACAAUCUGCAGUCAUCUUCUUUUCUUAUUAUUCUGUUCUUUCUGUGCUUUAUCUUCAUCUUCUCACUUUUUGAUGUGAUUGUGACUCUGCACUAUGGAUGAAUCAUUCCUGCUCUUUUAAGAUAUCCAGAUGAAUGGAACAAAGUGGUUGAAUUUCUUGGAGCUUUCCAAUGUGGUUGAAGAUUGAGAUGAGAAAGGUCAGCAGGUGUUCUGAUUCCAAAAGGACUGACAAUGAAAGACUGUGCGUUCGUGCCUUUUUUUUCUUUUUUCUUUUUUCAAACCUGGCAGAUUUUCUGUUGAACUCUACUGAAAGAGCUUUGCCUUAAAAAAACAGGUUUGGGAACGAGGCCUCUUCUCCCCAGCCCCUUAAACAUUUCUAUCCUGGCAAGACAUCCAAUGCCUGCAUGUUGUUGGCACAUAGACUGGAGGACCUUGGCAUGUUUACCUAUAAUUCUCUGCAAGCAGCCUACUGUCUCCCUGUACCUCCAUCUUUCCUUUUUCUUCCCCCCUCAUUUUUAACAAUAUCAGCUUAGAGGAAAGUUCCCAGCCACAAGUUGAAGGUGGUUCAGUUUUGAAAGGAAGUUAAAUGUGGGAUUAGUAUUAUUCAGUGUAACCAUGUAUCAGGUACAGUUCCAUAACCAGAGGAAACUUCUUUAGACUGGGUGGGGGGGGGGGUUCACAUUCACAACUAUGAGCAAUUUAGAGUUGCCAAAUACAUUUUAAAAAAAGAACGUAACUUGCAUGUCUUUGGACUGAGGGAGGAUGCCGGAGAAAUCCAACACAGGCACGGGGAGUUUUAAUAGUCAAAAACAAUAAUGGAAAAUAAUUGAAAUUACAUUUUUGUGCAAAAGACUUUCAUAAGGCCCCUGCAACACUGUAAAUAAAAUCUUGAUCUUAACAUCUUAACAGCACCAUAUGUUUGCUCAGCAAAACAAUAUGACAGUAUGUAAACAGUUAAGAAAUGUAGGCUACUUUAGUCAUCAAUAAAACUACACUGACAGCACAUAGUCGUUUUUUAAGUGCUACUGUAGUUUAAAGCUGUAUUUGAACUACAUUUUGUUCAUGUUGGAGAGGCUGUCUGAAUCCAAACCUUCAGCCACAACAGACGGACAAAUUAAUACAAGACACUAUACAAUAUAUACCAAAAACAUCUGGAAAGUGACGGGGACACAGAGACGUGACUGAAAACAAUAGUACACAUAAUACACCUCACCCUCAUUGGGGUGGGGGAGGGUUGCUGUUGCACCUCUCCUUCCUGUGGCUGUGUCUGAGGGCAGCAUGUCUGUGUGGAAUCUCCUCAGCACCAGGCGGAACAAGGCCGCAGCGCCUUACAUGCACGGUGCAUCAAUCAACGAUUAGACAAUAAUGAAACCAAAGCACGAUGGACUUUCAUCUCUGUAGAGUCCAACCACUUAAUUUUUACAUCACAACCAGUCUCACUUUUUGCAGAUUAAUGAGGGGUAGAGGGGAAUUAAUCUCAUAUGGGCCAAUUUGUUGAACCAGCCCUCUCUUUUAGACGACUGCGUCUCCUUGGUAACAAUGACCAUACCACCUGGGAUUUUCCAGUGCCGCACAGACACUCACAGCUGGUUUAACAUCUUUAGCUUCUUGUUAAGCACAUCUGCUCCCCAAAUGUCUAGGUGCUGUGAGGCAGGUGUGUGUACAUCUGUUCAUAGACAGUGAAGCACAAGCUGCUCUUUAUAAAUAUUCAAGUGUAUACAUAUAUUUUUAUAGUUGUUUUUCUUUAUGAGUCCUCCUUUUCUCUUGACCAGUGAUACAGCCAGUGGGUUAAGCUCAUACAUCAUGAAUGACCUUGCAACUUUGAAUAGCACAUGUAGCUCAGAUUCUGCUCUGGAUUCUGAAUCCUCCUCUAGGAUUGGGUUUCAAAAACAUUUUAUUAAUCAAACAAAUCUGCAUUACAAAUCUGAAUCCUUUUGAAUCAGUUAGAAAUAUCUUAAUAUUUAAGAAGAGCUUAAUGAAUUUGGGUUCUUUACCAACUGGGGACUUCACUUAAACUUAACUGGCUAACAGUGCCUAACCCUACUAGCCAGACUACACAACGCAUCAGCCACCAGCCUAGUUGUAUUAAUAUGUGGCUGUCCAUUUUGACAGGUACAAUGGCAUAAUUACAGUUUUUUUUUCUUAGUACAUGCCUGAUAAAAGAGUGCAGAAUUAACCUCCUAUCUGUAACCAUCCUUCCAACUUGUGUUUGGCCCCUGGGCAACUAGCUUCUCUCAUCUUUGUUUCAGCUACAAACAAAUCACGUUUAAUGUAUAUUUUCAGCAAACAGGAAACAGAGUGCUGUGGUUUUAUUGUUGUUUACUGUACAUAGGACAUUGAUUUCCUGAGUAUUCCUGCCACACACACUUGUCAAUGACUACUUUUUUUUUUUUUUUUUGUUAAUUUUUUUUUCUUCCCAUCUGUGUCUUGUUUCUGGUUGUGUUGCCGUUUCAGUGGACUUCAGUGACUUCUUUUUUGUACUUUUUUAAUGUAUUUUGUUCACUUUCCCCUCUCUGUCUCUCUGUUACAUUGUAAAGCUGACAUACUUCACAGCAGGUGAGGGUUCAGAUUCUGUUUUUAGUGGGCAUACAUGACUAUGUUUUCUGGGUUUAGCGUUUUUGUGGGAGGGUUGGGAUGCAAAUGUUUCUACUUUGUAUAAUGAUGGACAAUUGUGUAUUUACUGUCUGUUCAUAGUAGAUUUCUAUAUGAAAGAAAUGAGUAUAUUAUAUUAUAUAUAUAUCUAUACAUAAUGAAAUACUAUGAUCUUGUUUUUGAAGUGGGUAUUGAAAAAUGAUACUUUUCAUGGAUCUUACAUACAGUCAGCCAUUUUUAGGGUGUUACUGAAGGCACCUUGUACUGUCCUUGGUUACAGUUGGUUACAUGUUGAGUAGCAUUUUACUGGUUGUCUUUUUGUCUGUCAACACUGAUGACAAUGAUGAGUUUUGGCAUUCAUCCCAUUGGUGCCAUACCACAGAGUAGGUGUGCUAUUGCCCUCCGCUCACCUUGCAUUUUCUUGUUCGUACCAUUCCGCUCUUUUCGAUUUUAUGUCUUUAUAUGUUAUUGUAGAAAAACACACAUUUUGGCUUGCACCUAUAAAGUUUCAGUAUUUUUUAAAAAUGUGAGACUAAAAUUCAAAAUCUUGUUUCUACACAUCUCAAAAAUGACCAAGGUGGUGAUCGAUUUCUUCCUCUUUCUUUAAGGUUUACAAGUUCAUCCUCUAACAACGAAAAAAAAUCCAAAAAAUGGGAUGGGUGGAUUUGAAUUGGAACGUGGCCAUGCUAUUUCCCUAUUUUAAAUCCCUCUGAUGGGCCUUACAAAUGAUUUCAGAGGAUCAUCAGUUAUUUCCUUAUCUGGCCAUAUGUCCCAAUUUUAAUUUAAAUCAACAAUACUUUAAAUUCAUCUAGUUUACAUCUGUAAUCUCUUUCAUCAGCUAAGUGAUGCCUCUGAGUUUCAGGGUGGCCUGUUGUUUAGCAAGAUUGUCCUGUAUCCAAAAGAUCACAGGUGUGUGAUCCCUUCAACAGCCCACGUCUUUCUGUCCUCACAGAACACUAAAACUCCAUUCCUGGCUUCUAUCGUACUAGGACCAAUUUUGAACAAUAUCUAUGUCUCACAGAAAUAUAAGAAUCAAAUGCUGAUUGAAAGAUUGAAGUCCAUUUUCUCAUUUUGACUGAAUGUAUCUGACCUCUACUGGCGGAGUGAUGCUGCGUCUCCCUGCAGAAGAUGGCCAGAGAGGUCAAAGUUAAGACGGUUUCACGCUUGUGUCAACUGCCACUUAGUCAAUAUACAUGAACAAAGGAAAACGUGUGGACGUGAAACAGUGCUUGCACGCCACAAAGUAGGUUUUACACUGAGUACCCAAGAGAUAACUGAGGUCUAAGCAUUUGUAGAAGAGCAUUGUCGGGCAUCACUCUUUUAGUUUUAUUUAGUAUGGUUUAAAUUCAUAACCAUGUGUAAGAUGUGUGAUUUUUCUGUACAUUCCCAUUAUAUCACACAAACGUCACUUUCUCUUGUAUUUUUUGUAAUUUUGAGAAACUUUUCACAUUAUUGUGAUACUUCAUGCAUACAGAGGUAGAUACGGACAAGGAUUAGAGCCACAAGUGAAAAAAUCAUUUGAGUUCUGACUUUAAACUUCUUCUUUUUUUUUUAUCCUUUAAACUCAAAAUUAAAUGAAAUACAUUUUUCACAUAUGGUGCUAAUCCUCUUCUGUAAGUAUUUGUAGUUGGAAUAUGAAAAUGCAUGUAGUCAGGCUAUCCUGAUUGUCACCUUAACUUGGCUAUGCUGACAUCUCUGUGCAUGUAAACUCGCUUCAUGAAAUGCUUUUCAGUAACCCAGCCCAGAGCAUUCCCAGAACCUUUGCACAGCAGUGCCAGUCAUGGGGUUUCUACUGCUGAAAGCUUUGGUUUCUCAAAAGGAGCCAAGACUAGCACUGUCUGGCUACUCUGGCCGUCUGUCUUCACUGUUAGUCUUAACACAAUGUUCAGUAACAACAAAAGCAACAUUCCGUUUUCUUAUAAUUUCCAUUUAUUAGGAGGGGCAUAUCUUUUUGUUUUAACCCUCAUAGUUCAGUCCAGCCAGGUCCAAAACUGUUUAUUUAGGUGGCCUGGUCCGACUCCACUCCAUUCCUCUUUUCUCUCUGCAUGAUCCGUAUGUCCGCAUGCACUGCCUACCUGCCUGUCUGUCUGUCCCGUACCACAUUUCAGCACAAGGGAUCGAGCACUGAAGGACGUUAGUACUUUCACUGUAUCCAGACUGUCUUAUCUCUUUUACUGCUUUUGUUUCUGUUGGGGAGGAGUUUGGGUGCUCAUGUUGUGCUUUUACCUGUAGGAUAUGGAAUCAACAAACCUGGAAGACUUCAGUUGAAUAUUUUACAAAAAAGGAAAAAAAAAAGUAUCUAGCACUUGUAACACAGACAAUAGAUUUUAUUGUAUUUAUGUAGAAAAACAAAUUGUUUUACGGGGGCGCUUUGUAAACUGCAACAACAGAAUGGAAAACCUUUUUUCUUUAUACCAGGCGGGAUGUGACUUUGGUGGACUUUUGGGAAGACAUUUUUGUUCUUUGUCACAUCUGGACUUAUCAAAGGGCUCCAUCCAGAUGCCUGGUCAUUGCUACGGUUGUCCAUUCCACUAAAUAAGCCAGUUAUCGCUAUGACCACUGUGGUUCAUAAACAAACAGUUCUAGGUUUACAUAUGUAUAAAAUGCAUAUUCUUUUUUAUCAGUUAUGUUUUUGACUUGUUCCACCAUUGUUACAGAAAUAGUACAUUUUUCUCGGGAACCUUUGCUCUAACAUGUUGUCUUUGACAUCACAAUAUAAAGUAUUGUUUUGGAAAAACUGCAA